CAUAGAAGCUCUUGAAUUGGCUUCUGAAUUACAAUGUCAUCUUCUUGGUUCAGAACUCUACUGGCCCUUCUUUUUAUCACUUCAGUACUACUGCAAAAAUCAGAUGGGCAGUUUGAGGAAUGGUGCAUAGCUGAUGAGCAAACCCCAGAUGAAGAAUUACAAAGGGCUCUAGAUUGGGCUUGUGGAAAGGGAGGCGCAGAUUGCAGUAAGAUACAAAAAAACCAGCCUUGUUAUUUUCCCAGUACUAUCAGGGACCAUGCCUCUUAUGCCUUCAAUGACUACUACCAAAAGUUCAAGCACAAAGGGGCAACUUGCUACUUCAAUUCUGCAGCUAUGAUCACUGAUCUUGACCCCAGUCACCAUUCAUGCAAAUAUGAAUUUCUUCCAUGAAGUUUGAAGAUUGAAGAUCUUUAAAUGUUCCCAUUUCAUUUCUUGUAACCUCAUUCAAGUAUGGAACGGUAUGAAAAACUGUUUGAUGCUUGAUCCUGUUGCAGAUAAUUUAUCGUUUAUAAGUUUGAUCUAGACUCUUCAAACCUUGCAUUGGGUCUAGAAAUUUCUGCCAUGUCUUUCAAUAAAUUUUCAUGAUUUCUGGGCUACAUAUCUUCAAUAAAUUCCAUGACUGCCUGGAUCCGGAAGGAUUGCCUCUGCAGGGAUAAAAAGACCAGUGAAAAAUCAUAGCCAUAUGAUUAGAAAUCACUAGAAAGUACUUGAUAUAUGCACUUAUCUAAGCAUUUAAAGAAGAUGAGCAUGGGGGGGGGUCUCUGUAACAUAUUUUCUGAAUUAAUUUCAGAGUGUGUGCUCACAUUCUUAGGGAUGAGAGUAACCCCUUUCAUGGCUUUAUCUCCAUCCACUGAA